AUGGCGGAGGCGGUCGCAGUAGUGCGCGCGAAAAAGAAGGCGGAGGCGAAUGGCGAAAGGGAAGGGGCGGUGCUGACGCGGUCGGAGAGUUUGCUGGACGAGAAGUUCGACGCGUAUGAGGCGGCCAACUACCGCAUGUGGGCUCGAUCCAAAUCCGACGCUUCCAGGCGCAAGCCGCCUUCGGGGUCUCGCAGCCAAGAGCAGCUCAACUUGGAUUUCCUUGAUAGCUAUGGAUACGCGCCACGAAAUGCGGAGCUCAUGACACGUGUCGAAGAAAGCUCGUCGAUCAAUCAGGUCACAAAGAGAGACAAGGGAGGGCAGGGUUACGGCGGCGACGGGGUCUGCAGGGGGGAUUGCGCGGAAAACGGAGCGGCCGAGAGGUUGACGGAGGAAGGGAGAGUUGGCGGAGAGAGUUUGAAGACUAGGGGAGCGCGGGACAGCAGCGGCAACAGCAGCAGCACAACCAGUCACGAGAGCGCGGCGGAGGACGAGAGGGGACUGCGCGGCUUCCUGCAGUAUUGCCGCAAGAAGAUCAGGCGAGCAAGCACGAGCGCCGACGAGAGCUGCGCGGAUGGCGCGGAUGGCGCGGAUGGCGCGGAUAGCGAGGAUGGCGCGGAGGGCGGAGAGGGGAAGGCGACCGCGGCGGGAGGUCCGCUGAAGCGCAGCUUGACGGAGGAUACGACGGGGAAGACCAUGGCGCGGGGCGCGCUUGACGGCUUGGCGCGCUCGGCCAGCGACGUCACUCUGCAGGACGCGGAGAUGGACGAGAUGGACAGAGAGGUGCUGCAAGAGGCGUUCUUGCGCGUGGUGGGGCUGCAGCAGCGCGUGCAGCACUACCGCGACCUGGGCGGCUUCGUGGUGCUCAUGGCGCUCUUCAUCACCAUCCUCUACCUUCAGGCUGAUUCUUCUCGAAGCUACGAAAUCACCGCCGCGCACGCCGUGCUCUUCCCCCCUGUAUGUUCCUGUAUGUUCCGAAAUGCUGCAUGCUUUCCUUCUCCUUGCCUCUGUCCUCUACCCGCCUGUAUGCUCUGCUCCCCACUUCCGCUGCUCUCACCCUCUUCCGCGCAUCCAACGUAG